AUGAACCCACAUUCUUCACAUCCUCCUCGAACACCGCGUACUUCAAUGCACGCUAGCUCAUCAAAUAACUACUCUGCGAGCAUAUAUGAGACCAAGGAGGAGAUAGAAGAGAAGGUUGACCCAGAGGACUUUGAAGUUGAUCUUGAAGAGGAGAGAGUUCAGGAGGCGGAGAAGAGAAUCACAAAGGAGGAAGUUUGGCGCGAGAUGUUUGUGACGAGCAACGGAAGGGACAAGGCUUUUAUCUUAGCGCAGCAAUCUGUGCCUUUUUCUGCAGAAGUGUCUACGGAGAAGGCUAAGAAGGUGCAAAAACCAUUUUUGCAUACCAUACUGUACGCACCACCGCCCGUUCUACUGGAACUAGCGAAUGCUGCUGCGGAUGAUGUUGCUACAUGGUCGAGGCUAGGAUUACUAGGGAAAAAGAUUGGCAGCCGAGCGGAGGACUUUUCCAACUGGUGUUGGUUGCUCUCCACCCUUGUCGGGCUAGUCGAAAAUGGGGUGGAGCGACAAAUGAUUAAUAGCUUGGAAGCCGAAGUUGAGGGCCGCCUAUAUAAAGAGUCCAUGACGGGCGCGACUGCUAAAUCAAAGCCGAAAUCAACGAAAUUGGACGAGAAGGAACUAGCGAGGCUCAGAAAACAAGAUUACUGGUUGCAAGUGACGCGCGCGAAGCUUCUUAUGGACCUGAUCUUCGUUUCCUAUGAUGUUUUCAAUCUUCGAAGAGGUCGCGACACGAUCAAGGCGUUUGCAGGUCUCACGGCAGCGAUUUUGAGCUCUGCGAAGCUUUACGAUCGUCAUAAGAAUGCACUUCUCAAGACCCUUUUGACAUCGACAUCAUGA